AUGGGAUCUAAGAGAAAGAGACAAGAGAAAGCGAAAGACUUUGUCAAGACUAAAUUGAGAGUUGGUAAAACUGCCGCCAAACCGGACAAUUACACCGAUACAUCCUUUGUUGCCAAAACCAUCUCAUUACCAAACCAAUCCAUAUCCACCAGAUCCACCACCACCAAGACUGCUACAACCACAAACAAAUCACAAGAUGUAGAUUUAUCCCACCACCUCUCCCUUACCAAGCAUCAUUCAUCCACCACCAGAAAAGAAGUCCUAAACUACAUAGAAAACCACCUCCCCUCCAAUCCAUCCUCGUAUAAACAAAUCCUCACCUCCACAAUCCCGUUAAUCCUCGACGAAUCGGCCAAAGUUCGAACAGCACUCAUGUCCCUCCUAUCCGCCCUGGCCAAGAAACAACCGGGCUUAUUAGACCUUCAUAUCCGUUCCAUUAUCCUAUUCAUAAAUUCCGCCAUGACUCAUAUUCAACCCGAUAUAAGACACUCAUCUACCAAAUUUUUGGAUAUUUUGAUCGAACAUGCAGGUGAAAGUUUGACAAAAGGAUAUUUUAUCAAGAUUAUUAGGUCAUAUUUUACAUUAAUGGCCUGGAAUUUGAUUGAAGAUAAGAAAUCAAAUUCGAUUGCCAUAAGUGCCAACACUGCCUCUCUUGGUGGUGGGACUAAAAAGGCCCGGAUUGGACAUUUAGAGGUCUUGAAGAAGUUCUUAAAAGUGUCAUUGUUUGCUAUGGAUAAUAGUGAAGAGCAUGAUAUGGAAGGGUUGAUAAGUGUACAUCCGCAAUCAUAUAGAUAUAUACUCCAAUCGAUGGGGACUCCACAGGCUUAUGCGUCGCUUAAAUUGUUUGUUAAAGAAUUACCGAAGAGACAUGAUGAAAGAGGUGGUAGCAGUGAUGAUUCAUUUACGAUUAAGGAUUUGGAUUCUAUAAGUGCGGAAGACUUGGAGACUAGAAAGAAAGUUAUGGUGGAUGUGUUUAUGAACCAGAUGAUUAAACACUUGAAAGGAUUAAUUAAAGAAGGUGGAGAAGUUGGGAGAGAAGCCAAUUCCUGUUUAUCCUUAUUAGAAGAGUUGACUAAAGUAGAGUAG